AUGCUAAUUUUAUAUUUCUUAAUCUAAAAGGCGCUUUCAUAAAAUAUCUUUUAAAAUGGGACUUUAGCAAUGGAAUGCACUACAAAAUAAUUCUAAACUUAUUAAGUUACUUUUCCAAAUUAAUUUCCUCAAGCUCCCUAAAUAUUUUUCACUUUACCCUGGAUUAGUAUAAUACAUAAUGAGGUAGAAUUUCGAUUUGAAACAAAGGAUAUAACAACUUUAAGUAAUGCCAUUUGAU